AUGGAAAAGGUGCUCCUAGUUUAUUCUCUUCUCUUUGCUUUUGCAGUAAUCACAUGCUCAGCCACAACCUAUACUGUUGGUGAUAGCUCUGGCUGGGACAUUAGUACUAACCUUGAUACAUGGGUUGCAGAUAAGAAGUUCAAAGUAGGAGAUGCUCUUCUUUUCCUAUAUUCAUCAGCCAACGGUUUAGAUGAGGUUACAAGAGAAGAUUUUAACACAUGCAACACAACCAAUCCUUUGACAAAUUAUGUAAAUGGGAACACAACAGUGCCAUUGACAAAAGCUGGGGACAGGUAUUUUGUAUGUGGAAACAAGUUGUAUUGUCUUGGAGGGAUGAAGCUUCAUGUUCAUGUAGAAGAUGAUAAAUCACUUUCACCAACUCUGGCUCCUGCAUCUGCGGCUGGACCGAAUCAAAGGACUACUACACUUGCACAGUCUCCUUCGUCAAAGAAGAACACACAUGUUUCAAAGGGAGUUGUGAAUUGUGCAAGGGAUGCACUUCAGUUAGUUUAUAUUGUUCUUAUGGUCACUGUUUAUGGGAUGCUGCAGAAUUGA